AUGGACUCUUCCGAAAUCUACGAGCAGGUCCGGAAGCAUUACACUGCAGCAUCACAGAGUACGAACGCCUCUUACAGCAAGACCGUUGCCAAGUCGUUUGGGUAUUCCGAAGAGGAGUUGGCGAGUAUUUCAGAAGAUGCCAACUUGGGCCUGAGUUGCGGCAACCCGUUGGCGAUAGCCAGCGUGAAAGAGGGUGAGACCAUCAUCGACCUUGGAUGCGGUGCCGGCUUCGAUGUUUUCCUCGCCGCUCCUAGAGUAGGUGACGGCGGCGCUGUGAUUGGCGUUGAUAUGAACGAGGACAUGCUCGCACGUGCGAACAAGAUCAAGGCUGCGAAGAAUGCGAUCAACGUCUCUUUCGUGAAAUCGCCCAUCACCUCGAUCGAUAUUCAGUCUAGAACCGCGGGUUGCAUCAUCUCCAAUUGUGUCAUCAAUCUCGUACCAGAGCCCGAAAAAGGGUUGGUGUUCAAGGAAAUGUUCAGACUGCUCAAGCCAGGCGGAAGAGUUGCCGUUUCUGACAUCCUCGCCAAGAAGCCGCUCCCUGAAGACCUCAGGUCGGAUGUGUCAAUGUACUUUGGCUGUAUUGCAGGCGCGAGUCUGGUUGCGAGCUACGAAGCAUGGCUGAAACAAGCUGGAUUCUGUGAAAUCCUGAUCGUUGACUCGCAGGCGAACUUGAACGUCUAUGCCGACACGAAGGAAGAUGGCACGAAGCAAAGCAAGUGCUGUGCACCAAAAGACAGUCAUGAAGCAGACAAAACGGAAGCUCGUUACUCUUCAGCAAGGUUUUCCGAUGUCGAUCUCAACGAUUGGGUUGGUUCAUACAAAAUCUAUGCGGCGAAGGGUUGGCACUUAACAUGA